AUGACCGCCGAGGCAGCUCAACCGACCGCCGCCGCUUGGGAUUCUUCGACAGACGAGCCCGACAUGCCGCAGCUUACUCAGAGUUCCAACACGUCUCACAGUUGCGCCAAUGUUUUCUGUCUGCCGCUGUCGCCCUGGACAAAGUCUGAGCCUCGGCCAACACCCGUGCCUACAUCAGUAACAACUGCAAGCGCAAGCGGCUGUUCCCAGGUCCUCUCUCCAAGUCGGACACCCUCAGCCAUGAGCUUCAACUUCACCGACUCGUGCGAUUCUAGCACGGACAUGGCGGAGGACUGCCGGGCAACGCUCAACUGCGACACCGCGAGAGGUCUGUAUCCAACAUGCGAGCGCGGCGAGUGUCAGUGUCUAGCCAAGGAGUGUUUCCGGAGAUCCAUGUGCCUCGACCUUGGCCAAUGUCGAGACUUUGAUGACCACGUCUGCAUAAGGGAGAGAAGCGAUGGCGAAGGCGUGGGCGUCUGUGGAUCCGCAUGCGGUAUCUCUUCACGCUUCCUACCCAAUUCCACGCAUACCUCAAGCAAUGCCAGCCAAAAGACCACGAUGGAAUACCAAUACACGAACGAAUGA